GUCACAUUAAAUUCUGGCCAACACCUAGUUUGUAUUGCCCGUGUGUGUGUGUGUGUCGGCCCUCAGUCAGCUCCCAGCAGUGUAAGGUAAACAGCAGACACGGCAGACUACAGUAGGUAUACGAAGCAGACGCAGUGGGGUCGGCAGGGCCAGCAGACAGUGAGGAGGAAGGGUUACGUAAUGUCAACAAGACUCCAGCAGCCAUGACUACGAAAGCAGAGGAAGCGGGGUGUAGCGGUGAGCGUGGGGGCGUCCCUCCCACCCCCGCCCCUCGCCACUACCCUCGAUGUCCUCCUCCUCCGUCCAUCACGUCCCCAGGGUUUCAACGCCUUGAUGGCGGGUGUCAGGAGGUUCGAACACUGCGUGUAGUAGGAGAGGGGCGAGAGGAGAAGGACGAGGGCGGGUACUCGGCCAAGACAGUGAGGCAGCUGGCGAGGAUCAACUUAGUGGUGGCCGCCAUCAUCUUCCUGUGUCAGCUGGUGGUAGCGGCGUGUCUGUGUCGACCAGUAGUGAUCAUGGGAGGAGUGUGGGUAGGGAUCCUGGUGCUGGUGCAGGCCAUCCUCGGACUGAGAGCAGCUAACACCACCUUCUCCCACGCCCUGGUGGUGGGGCACGCCUGGGUGUCUGGAGUGGUGUGCAAUGUGUGUCUGGCAGCAGCGGGCUACCUGUUUUCAGGCCACCUCACACUCGCCUGUGUCUCUACCUUCCACAGCCCUGAUCACGCCUCAGUGGUGAGGCUGUAUAUAGUGGAGGUGGCAGCUUUGGUAGCGUCUCUGCCCUGCCUGACAGCAGCCAUCGUCAGCCUGUUGGGGGCUGCUCUCUCCGCCCGCGCCGCCUGCCCUCCCAAGCAAAAGAAAACAGAGGCACCAUUCGUGUUGUAUCUGCCACGCUGGGGGGAGAGCGUCUAUGGCAGUGAUCAACAAACUUCUAUCCACCAGUCACAAGCUAGGAACCCCGUGACGUCACAGCCAUCUGUACCUUCUACAUCUAAUCAAAACGGAGAAAGGGACAACUCUCCCCCACCUGCGUAUAAUCAGAUUGCAGAGGAAUCAUUUGCUUAAUGGGAUCUAUAUGGUUAUGUUAAUGAGGGAAGAUUUUUUAGUUUAAAUGCUAUUUCUAAAAAAACCUAUGUGCAACAGAGACAUUAGCCAAUAAUUUCUACAUUUGUUCUUAAAUUUAUUGAAACCCAUGGGAAUUAAAAUAUAUUAAACGAUGGCAUUGUUUAACACUGUACUUCAGGCAGCAUUGGUGAACAGCUAACAAACAUCUGAAGACUUAUUUAAGAAGCUGGACCGUCUCGAUCUUGGAAACUACUAUGAUAUUCGAAUUUUCAUAAAAAUUAUUACGAGAGAUCAAAAGACUCCCAAUCCCAUUCGAGUGGAAUCCCUUCAAUACGUAACUCUUUUGACUCAAUUCUAUUACUCCCGAGUUUACAAGAAAGUGAACGAUUCCCGGCAGCUUUACACUAUGGAUGGCAGUCAUUGUUGCUAAAAUUUACAAACAACUAACCAAUGCGUUCAGAUGAUUCACUGAUUCCAAGUUUUGGUUUCUCAGAUUCGGAAAUAAUGAAUCUUUGUAACAUUAAACUAUAGAAUAAUGGGUUGUUAGGUCCCCCCGCCCCCCGGGUCGAGUCAGUUUAACAUGACUCACUUUGGUGGGUUUAUUUAUAAUUAAGGUUUAUUAUUCUGAAAAUAUAUCAGUCGCCUGUUAUGUGAUUGUACCCUUUUUCGGUAAUUGAAAACUGCAUCAUCACUCAAAUUGCAUAAUUCGUUAUUGUUGAAAUGCAUCGUCCAACACUUUCAAAAAAUUCCGUUCGACCAUUACUGUUUAUUUAGUUCAAUGCAUACAAGCUGUAUCGCUCCAUUCUUCCUAAAUAUAUCGUUUGGCACAGAAUUUAUCGUUCUCUUUUAUUCAUAAUUGUUAAAAUGUUCCAAAUACUGUAUAUACUCUAUAACGUUCAGUACUUAUAAAUCGUAUCCUAACAUAGAAGUUAAACCAAAACCAAUAAAAAACCCGGAAUAAAUUAUCCAAUAAAGUUUAAGAGGAAAAAUCCAAUACCGCACUGUGCUAGGAUUAUUCAUAUGCCUUCUACAGAAUUAGCGAUUUCAUACUUAGACACGGUUGGCCUGCAGGAUUCAAUGCUAGGCUCCCUAAUAAAAGUUGACAGCUUAUGUUGGUGUUAAAAUGUAUUCAUAUGCAGUUGCAGUUUUAACAUUACACAAGAAUUCUUAGAAAAAUAUUAUAUGUAUGUAUUUAACUAUGAUUUGCUUUGUAUGUAGUUAUUAGUUAAUGCUUGGACUGGUUUAAGCUUUAAAUAGUUGGUAUUUUUGGAUGAAAUAUUAUGGAGUUACUGUUAAGGCAAUCCAGGUUCUCAAAAGUUCGUGUAAUGAAUAUCCCUUGAAAGCGACUACGUAAAAAUGCUACUACUCAUAAGAAUCCUUGAGACUUGGACCAUAUUUACGGCAAGGUGGUGAAGCAGUGUGUGUAUGUGUGUGUGUAGAGACGGAAUCCGCCCUACAUUGUACCAUUUCACUCUUUAUGUUUUAGUUGAAAUUAUAUUCACAUAUUUGUUUUUUGUAAUAGUGUUCAUAAUUAUUCUUAUUACCUAUAUUGUAUUGCUUCUAUAUCAUAUACAUCAUAGUUGCUUUGACAAUAAUGUGGUUUUGGGGACCAAUAUAAAGUGCAUUAUAGUUGUUUUGACAAAGAUGUAGUUUUUAAAACCAAAUCUGUCUUAGCAGUUAAAGCCGACGAACAAAAGUGAAUUAGUCCCAUCUAACUUAUCUUAACUAAAAAUAUAAGAUUUUUUGAGUUAGGUUUGGAUGGUUCAUUUUGUAUGUUAUCAAAUCUGACCCUAAUAACCGUAA